UAUAUAUAAUCCCCAGGGCCUUGGCUUAUUUGUUAUGAUUUUAAGGAGGCAACCAAAUCAUAAGGAAAUCUAUAGUAAGUAACUAUUAGAGGGCCAGAAAACAAUGGGAAGGUCCCCUUGCUGUGAUGAAAGUGGCCUCAAGAAAGGUCCUUGGACCCCUGAAGAAGAUGACAAACUCAUCAAACAUAUCCAAAAACAUGGCCAUGGCAGCUGGAGAGCCCUCCCCAAACUUGCUGGUCUUAACAGAUGUGGAAAGAGUUGCAGGCUCCGUUGGACAAAUUAUUUGAGACCCGAUAUCAAAAGAGGAAAAUUUUCUCAAGAAGAGGAGCAGACAAUUCUCAAUCUCCAUGCCAUCCUAGGAAACAAAUGGUCUGCAAUUGCAACACACCUGCCUGGAAGGACAGAUAAUGAGAUAAAAAAUUUCUGGAACACUCAUCUGAAGAAGAAGUUGAUUCAGAUGGGAUUUGAUCCAAUGACUCAUCGGCCACGAACUGAAAUUUUUUCGAGCUUGCCUCAUCUCAUAGCCCUGGCCAACCUCAAAGAAGUCAUCGAAAACCCUUCAUGGGAGGAUCAGGCCAUCAGAUUUCAGACUGAAGCUGUCCAAAUGGCCCGACUGAAUCAAUAUUUGCAGGGUCUUCUUCAACCUCCAUCUUCCAUGGCAGCUAAUUUCCAAAAUAAUCUAAACGCCAUUAAUCCAAACAUGGUGUUAAACACACCCUACCUGGAACUACCUACCCCACUCCCCUCUCUUGCCAAUAACAAUACAAAUUUCCAGGCAAUUAUUGAUUCAAUCCCUUUCUCCCACAUGCCUGAUUUACAGGCCCCAUGCAGUCUUCAGACUUCUUUAAACAGGGACAUGGUUCACGCCGGUUCUCAUUUUGGUGUUCUUAAUCAAGGAGAAAAUUCACACUCUUCCCCAUGGCUUCCUCCAACUAUUUCUCCAUCUCCAUCCGCAGCCGCCGCAGCCCCACCGAUGACUGAGACUUCCAAUACUAAUACUGCCGAUGCUUGUAGUCCAUCUAGCUAUGAAGGAGCUCCAUUGUGGUCUGGACUUCUGGAUUACCCUCUAUUUCAUGAGAUUGCUUAAUAUUUAGACACUAUAUAUGCAUAAAGGUUUGGAGUUUGUGCCUUCCAUUUUUGUGAGUUUUGUUCAUUAUUAUUAUUAUUUUUUUUUGUUGGUUUCCCUUUUAAUUUAACAGCAUAUACAUACACUGUCCAUAGACAUUUAUGUGUAUCUGUAAACUAUCCAUUCAAAGUAGUUAUCAUCCUGCACAUAGAUAACCUGUAGAUUUGCCUUGAAUAUCUGUAUGUACAGAAAGAGAGGAUGCAUGGCAUCUGAAUGCUAUUUUCUUCUCAUUUUACUCAAACUGCAGUGGAUUUUUCCGUUAUUUUUCUAA